AUGCUCCUCCAUCCUGUGUUCAGGAUACUCCUCGUGGUCCUCCCGUUAUUCGCAUUAUGUACGGCCAGCUCAGAUGCUCCCAAUGAGACAAACGCCGAACUAUGGGACAUGAUCCCAGAUUGUGCUCGAAAUUGCACCGAAAAUUUCAUCAAAGCCGAUUACUUGUCGUCGAGUUGCGCGGACACCGAUUAUAAGUGUUUGUGUCGGGCAGAGACCGCCAGUACCCUCACACUGGGGGAGGCUGCAAUAGAAUGUGCAUAUGCUUUGUGCUCUGAGUCGAUCAGAGAGAGCACCAAGGCCUAUCAUAUUUGUGACUCGGUGUCUGGGGCCCUCUCUGAAACCCAUUCCACACUCACAGCUACUACCUUUGCCAGUACAUUAUCAAGCACUACGACAGAUGUAUCAGCCACAACAACCGAGAGCUCAACAAGUUCGACAACAUCGACAAGUCAUCAUGCUGAAGCCACUUCCACCUCUGAGUCUUCUCAAACCUCGAGCUCGACAACUGAGAGCUCCCCGACAUCGAGUACGACUGCUUUAAUUACAUCCUUUUAUGCUUCUACGAUAUCGGGGUCUGGGGAAUCCCCGCAUACUAUUAGCUCCUACAUGUCCACAUCAACAUCCACGAAUUCUUCAGCUGCUACAGGUGGAAGCAGCGGUAGUAGCGUCAGUGCUGGAACAGUGAUCGGGGUUUCUGUCGUAUCCGGGGUUGCUGGCUGCUUUAUAAUAGGAGUUGCUGUCUUCUAUGGCGCUAAGAGAUGGAGGAAAAAUAACCGGAUAGAGCAAGACUCGGAGGUUGGGGAUGAUCGACCUGCUGAAUUUCCAGAGGAAUCCCUAUCCCGGGAGACUUCAUUCGAUCCGGACCCAGGAGCAGGACCUUCUGCCUCCGGUGCUUUACAACCCAGGCAGGAACUGGAAGUAUCUCAAGUACCCCGGCAGCCACCAGUCUUCCACCCAACCUCUCAAUAUCCACCCAGGUUUGCCACUGGCUCAGGUAUUCGUCUGGUGGACAGCCCACACGAUGAGAAUAAUCAGCGGAUAGGAUUCGCAGUUACAUCUGAGUCGGUCUGGGACGGCUCGCCCAGGACGGUAGACUCACAGCACACUCUUGCAGAGCUACCUCCGAUCCGAACACCUGGUCUAUGUCCCCAGCCAUUAAGAGUCAGUCAUCGACCAUCAAGUGGAGAGACUCUAUUCGAAGAAGACGGCACUCAGACCACAAUUGAAAAGAAACUACCUGAUCUUCCCAGCACGCGUGGUGCGAAAUCGAAGCUCCCAAACCCCACGCCUGGUCUACCACCCAACCCUCGAGCCCUAAAACAAGGAUUCCGAGCAUCCCAGUUUCGACGUCCGGCAAAUCAAAGAAAACCAACCCCCACCCAAGCACAAUCUCCCCGCGAAGCCCCAGCCGGUCCUCGAGAGAGAAAACUGGGCCCGCCAUUCUCUGCCACUUCAUCUCGCGUCCGCAGGUCCAUCGCAUCAAAUAGUAGCAGUGGACCCAAUUACAGCUCCGAGUCCUCAGAUCAUACAUCUAAUACAUUCGCUACAACACCACCUUUCAGCACCGCACAUGUCCGUUUUGUAACUGAUCAACCUCCCACAAAUCCUCAACAACCCGCACCCAAACACCCAUCAAACCCAACAGCCCAGGCACCUGACAUCGUCUCUCGACCUCGUGUCGUCCGUGGAGAUGAUAUCAAACGUAUCCAGCCUGGGAGCAGUCCUCGUCCACCCAGCGAAGUCGUCGUUCCAUACUGUCCAGAGGACUUCUGGCUUGAACGUGGUCGGAGCAAAAGCCAUUCGCGCACAGUCUCAGCAGAAUUGCCAUAUCCUUCUGAGGCAUUCCCUGGUCGGGUCUUGUACCCAUCUAGUCCGCAGAGACGACCUGGAGAUGCUCCGAGAAGGGUCUCACCAUCGAGUCGAAACUUGACUCCAUCUCGACGAGGAGAAGAUUUGAUCUUGAGUGUGGACUAA